UAAAUCUCCUCCCUGACAUCCAAACUCCUCUGCUUUCAUCCCAAAACCCUCUUCCUGUCAUUUACCCCCCCCCAGCACCCUCAGGGAUCCCCCAAAAAUGAGGGGUGACCCCCCAAAAACCCCUUUUUCCCCCAUUUUCAGGGUCCGGCUCCAGCUCUACCGCACGGCCAAGAUGGGCUGGGGGGUCCGGGCGCUCCAGGCCAUCCCCCCCGGCACCUUCAUCUGCGAGUACGUGGGGGAGCUGAUCUCGGACGCCGAGGCCGACGUGAGGGAGGACGACUCGUACCUGUUCGACCUGGACAACAAGGACGGCGAGGUGUACUGCAUCGACGCCCGUUACUACGGCAACGUGAGCCGGUUCAUCAACCACCUGUGCGACCCCAACAUCAUCCCCGUGCGGGUGUUCAUGUUACACCAGGACCUGCGCUUCCCCCGCAUCGCCUUCUUCAGCUCCCGCCACAUCCGCCCCGGGGAGGAGCUGGGGUUCGACUACGGGGACCGUUUUGGGACAUCAAGAGCAAAUACUUCCCGUGCCAGUGCGGCUCCGAGAAGUGCAAACACUCGGCCGAGGCCGGGGGCCGCAGGGACCCCCGAGCUGCUGCCCCCCUCCUGGCCCUGCCCCCGCCCUGAGAGACCCCCAGAGAGACCCCAAAACCACCCCCCAACGUGGGAGGUCUGCACCCCAGCCCCCAUAAUCCCAGCCCUGACCCCUCUAGAGCCCCCUAUAGACCCCCACCAGCCCCCUAUAGAGCCCCUAAAUAACCCCACUCCCGACUCUGCCACGACCCUCGACCCCACCCCAACUCCUAUGGAGCCCCAGAGAGCCCCCAGCCCCUCCUAA